UAAAAUCAAAUUAUCCACUUACUGAAAUUACGAAACUACCCAAACCGCCGACCGAUACAUAUUUAUGUCCGACAACAGACCGCCAUUUCACUUUCUCUCUCAUCACAAAUUAACCAACAAUGUCGGCGGGAGACCAAGCAGCGGCGGCGAUUGCGGCGCAACUACUUCUUGCCGGCGACGGCGCGUGUCUAGGUUUAGCCCUAGGUUACGUGGCAGUUCGAAGUCUCACGAAGUUCGCCGCCACGUCAUCGGCGUUCCGGAAAAUACGGGAAGCACCUUCCGUUCAAGUGUCGGAUCUACGGUACUUGAUUAAGGAUGAUUCCGAUGAAGGAGAGAGAAAUUCCGAGGUUUUGGUGGUUGUACGAGGUUUAGUGGCGUCGAAGUCGGCGGUUAAUGGGAGUUGGAAGAGUUUUUGGCCUGAUGUUCUUGUUUCUCAUGAAUCUGGUGAUCGUGGUGUUGUUCUUCAGCGAUCUCAGAAGUGUAUAUACAACGAAUGGAGAGGAUUUUUUGGAUGGUAUCCUGAUUUACGUGCAGUCUUGGCCAAAGCUUGGAGAGAACCGGGCACGACAUCCACAAGAACGAUCCCUUUUGUUCUUGUUGAUGGCCGUCAACAGUCACACUCUGAUUAUGUUGUGGUUGACUUGGAUGAUUCAAAUCAUCCACUGCCUUUAACUACAGUCUACCAUCAUAUUGAACCAAUUCAGGCUUCUCCAUAUACCUUUCUCCAGGCACUUUUUGGGCAUGAAUACCCUGUUGGCGUGCAUGAUGAGGAGAAAAUUCUUCCUCUCGGAAAGGAAGUCACAGCAGUUGGAGUUUGUUCCUCGAAAAGUGGGGCUCUUGAGAUUAAAUCAUGCAGAGAUCUUCCUUGCUUUCUGUCUGAACUGACUAAGGAUCAAAUAUUAGUACAACUCUCUUUCAGGACGAAGAUCUUACUGUGGAGUGGUAUUGUUAUUGGUUCAGUCUCGAUUGGCGUACUUGGUUAUGCGAUUGUUAGGAACUGGAAUAAGUGGAAGCAAUGGCGGGAGCAAAGGAGGGCGCAGCAACAAAACCAUCCUGGAGUUGCUGCUGAAAGUGGCAGCGGCAGUCCCGAAUCUGAAGUUGAAGAUGAAGAAGUCGGAGAUGUUCCUGACGGGCAGUUGUGUGUAAUCUGCUUAAUGAGGAGACGACGGUCUGCAUUUGUACCGUGUGGUCAUCUGGUUUGUUGCCAAAGAUGCGCGUUUUCGGUUGAACGAGAUUUAGCACCGAAAUGUCCUGUUUGCCGGCAGGUUAUUCGUGGAUCUGUCAGGAUAUAUGAUACUUGAGGUACCCAACAAAUAUCUAUUGUUAGAAGUAGCCUAAUAGGGAGAGGAAGCUUUUGUGAAUAUGUCUCAUAAACAUCAUAAUCGCUGAAAAACUCUUUGAUUGUAGAGGGCAAUACAGGACGAUUGUUCUAGCAAUCGUCUGAAGCCUUCUGUCACGUGCUGUCUAGGGACUUGCUGUGCCAGGGCAUCGGGGAAAUCUCACCACGUGACUCUUUGCUUCCCUUCUAUAUAUGUUCACUCCAUUGUUAGUGUCAAUGAUGUCAUAAUAUCCUUACGCCGGAGCAGGAUUUUACCAUGUACAUAGUUCUCUACUCUGCUAUUUCUGAUAUCAAAUUUAUAUAAUAUAGUUCAUAGAA